UAAAAACACGACUGAAUGUCCAAAUAGAAUAUUAACGAGAUUUUCACUCUAUAGAAAAUUCACGAGAGUUUCACUCAAUACAAGAUGCUGCUUUCAUAUGUGGCUUUAAUGGUGAUGUUAGCGAUCGCCGUAAAUGGCAAUGGUCAAAAUCAAUGGAUGGGUCCUCGUUAUUACUGGCCUGACUGGGAAAAUGAAGAGGAGUGUUCCGUGCUCUGCGGAUCAGGUCUCAGACCACAGAUUCAGCGUGCGACAUGCUACAAACGUUUAACCUGCUACCCCGAGUACAUGCCAUCGCCUCACAGGAGAAACGUAACGUGUAACACCCAACCGUGCGGAGACACCUGCCCGCCUGGAGUGGACCAGUUUUUACCACAUCCCACGAACACACAUCGCUUCUACCAGUGCGCAUUUGAGAGAGCCGUUCUUCAUCAUUGUCCAGCGCCGCUUGUCUGGGGACAGGACCUUGGAAGAUGUGCAUGGACAUGGGAAGUCUAGUCAUAGCCGUGGUGAUUAAAGUCAUGACUUCCUAGCAUCUCACGCAUAAUAUUAAGCAAGUCAAUUAACUGCUAUUCCAUCUUUUGAAACUAAUGCUUAACUGAAUAAAGAUGAUGGCACGUAAA